AUGUUUUCCCUUAUAAACCAUAAACCCAAGAACCCACCAUACACAUACACACAAACCAAGAACUAUGUAGAUGUGUACAUGAAAUGGAAAAAAGAUCAAUACUUUGAUUCAAUAGAGCACAUACAUAAGUCCAUUGAACUUAAACCCAUCAUUUCUUUGAAAAACGUGAUAGCCCAAAACCCCAAUGGUUGUAUCCCAAUCUCUGAUGUGUCAAAGAAAGGCUUGCACUUUGAUGUGAAAAUCAAGGUUGCAAGGUUUUUGAGGCAAUACCCAUCAAUUUUUGAGGAGUUUACGGGUCCUCAGUAUAAUUUGCCUCGGUUUAGAUUGACCGAAGAAGCUGCUGAGAUUGAUAGAGAAGAGAGAAGGUUGCUUGAGGAUUGUAAAGAGGAUUUGAGAGAGAGGUUAAAGAAGUUUAUUUUGAUGAGUAAAGAAAAGGUCUUGCCUUUGAAGGUUAUUCAAGGGAUGUUAUGGUAUUUGGGUUUGCCUGAGGAUUUCUUGGAGUGUUUGGAUAAGAAUCUUGAUGGGUCCUUUAGGGUAGUGGAGAUGGAGGAGAAAGGGUUAAAGGGAUUAGCUGUGGAGAGUGAUGAAAGGGUUUUGUCUGUUUUGCAAAGAAACGCAAUGAAAAAAGGGGUGUAUUCUGACGAACCUAUGGAGGCAAUUGAGUUCCCACUUUUCCCAUCAAAGGGUGUAAGGUUAAGGAGGAAGAUUGAGGAUUGGUUAAAAGAGUUUCAAAAGGUUCCUUAUGUGUCCCCAUAUGAGGAUUAUUCACAUUUGGAUCCUAAUAGUGAUAUUGGUGAGAAAAGGGUUGUUGGGUUUCUUCAUGAGUUGCUUUGUUUGUUUGUUGAGCAUUCUGCAGAAAGGAGGAGACUUUUGUGUCUCAAGAAGUAUUUUGGGUUGCCACAGAAGGUUCACAAAGCAUUUGAAAGGCAUCCCUACAUGUUCUGUUUGUCUUUGAGGAAUAAAACUUGCAUUGCUAUCCUUAAGGAGGCUUAUUGUGAUAAAAUGGCCAUUGAGGGGCAUCCCAUGUUGAGAAUCAGGAAUAAAUACAUUAACCUGGUAAAGGAAUCAGCCGUGAUUUUGAGGAAGAGAAGAGUGAACAAUCCCUAUGUCGAACGUCCAAAAUUGGAUUUGGAUUUGGAUGAUGCUGAUGAAGACGCCGUAGAAAUGGGUAGAUCGUAA